CUUGGUUACUGAAGCAGCUAUUGCCUUAGUAACCUUCGAUUUCUGUGAACGUUUUGUGUAAAUGAUAGAAAUAUUUUUUUAAAAAAUCAAGAAUUUAACAUUAUCCAAUAUAUAUAUAUGAUAAUGCAUUGUCAACGAUAGUGCAUCCUGUUUAUUAUAAAGCUUGCAAUACGGCUGUGUGUGCGUGAGUAUGAUAAUCACAGUCUCCAUUCGCCGAGCUUUUUCAAAACUCAGCUAGCCUACAGUGCCUGUAUUCUAUAGUAAUUAGAAUUCAACAUGGCCAGCUACAUCACUCAGGCUGCAAAAAUAUAUGACAAAGCGAUUGAGAAAAAUGCAGAUCCUCGUGUGGCUGACUGGUUCUUAAUGCAGUCUCCUUUGCCUACCUUGCUGGUUUGCAUAGCAUAUGUGGUCUUUGUGCUGUUGGGCCCUCGCAUCAUGGAGGGUCGCAAACCAGUGGAGAUGAGAUCAGUCCUGCUUGUAUAUAACUUAGCCAUGGUUGGAAUGUCCACAUUUUGCUUUGUAGAGUUCUUGUUGUCAGGAUGGCUCGCUGGCUACAGCUUAGGUUGUCAGCCAGUUGACUAUUCCAACACACCUCAGCCACUGAGGAUGGCACGAGUUUGCUGGUGGUUCUACUUCUCAAAGUUCAUAGAACUUUUAGAUACUGUCUUCUUCAUUUUGCGGAAAAAGUUUAACCAGGUUUCUUUUCUGCAUGUGUUUCACCAUGGCAUUAUGCCGAUCUCAUGGUGGUUUGGAGUUAAAUUUGUUCCAGGUGGUUUUGGAACGUUCCACUCCUUGCUGAACUCCUUUAUUCACUUGAUGAUGUAUACAUACUAUGGAUUGUCAGCUCUGGGCCCUAAAUUCAGCAGAUUCUUGUGGUGGAAAAAAUACAUGACAUCCAUGCAGAUUACACAGUUCAUUCUGGUGACGGUUCAUUCAGCUCAGUUGCUCUUCAUUGAAUGUGACUACCCAAUCCUCUUCGUUUACUGGAUUGGCCUUUAUGCUGUCAUCUUUCUAGUUAUGUUUGCACACUUCUACAUCAAGACAUACAAAAAGCCUUCAAGACCUGACCACAAAAACCAUAUUGCUAAUGGUGUCACCAGCAAGAAGAAGAAGUCCAGUUGAUGAUCGCACUUCAAGCAAGAUCGGCAUCUGCUUUAUCAGAAGUUCUCUGUUUACUUGCUUUGCCAUGGUCUGCUGAUGCCCAGUGACCCAAUUCGCCUUCACCUAAGCCUCUUCCCCCACCUGCCUUUUUUCUUAUGUAGUGGACUUCUGGUCCUUGUGCUGAGCUUAUGUUAGUAGGUGUACUUUCUAAGACCUUACACCUUAUUAAGCAACAAAGUUUACAGUAUGCAGCAGUUUUCCUGGCAACCUUAAACAAGAUUCAUUUAAAUUAGUAGAACAGUAUUUUUUUUUUUUUUUUAAAGAUUCCAAUUUUGGAAAAAAAGUUACUUUUUAAGACAAAUAUUUAUCAAACAGCUGAUAAACCAGGUCAAAUUGCAAUGAAUGAUGGAUGCACCACCAAAUUUCUCUGACUACUUUUUUCAGUUAAGGUAACCAGAGAGUUAAUGAACUUUGCAUAGAGAAGGUGAAGGACAUCAAUUUAUAAGCUUCCAUUAAGAGAUCAAGACAAUCAAAUGAUGGGAUUUAACAUUACAAAGCACCCUUCCAAAAAGUUGUUACAUUAUUCAGAAUCAUUUCAGCCAAGACACUUUCUAUUUUUGUUUUUUUUGUUGUAAUCAUUCAAGUCUGUUGUAAGAGAUGAUAUAUUAUUCUGUUUUCCAUCAUGGUUGUGUGUUGUAAUUAUAUAAUACCACUGUGACCCCUGGUAUUAUGAGUAAGCAUCAAAGACUGCAAACAUGUAUUUGAAAGUUACUGCCAUUGUUAUAUGAGUGAUUUGCAAGACAUUGUACCAGCGCAGUCAAAAAAUAUUUCAGGGAAUGAAUGCACCAAAUAUCGUCCAACUGAAUCAGAAAGUAUACACAGGCAAAAAAAAAAAUCCAUCUAAACAAGAAAAUGUCCGCCUUCCGAUCACCAAUUUCUGUGGAUAAUCAAGAUGGUUGUAUUUUAUGCUACAGUGCCAGCCUGUGAAAAAGCAUUCAAUAUAUCAUAAGUGUUUUAGAAGCUAAUGCUAAUUUACUUUAAACAUUUAAGUUUCUUAGUUAUAGCUGUGUGUGAGGACUAUUAUUUUCGCUAGCUGAUGUUAUUUAGAGGCAUCAAAGAUGAAACUAUACAGCUGAGAACAAGCAGCUACAUUUUUUUCCCCUUUUUUGAGGUGAAGGAGAGGUAGGGUUUGUGUGACGCCAUUAAUAGCCUACUCAGAAGUUUUCAGGAAAAUGGUGUUUGAAUAUUGUAUCAUUUACAACUUGAGUCAAAUCAUAAAUUCGCUCUUCUGACAAGUCAUUAACAUACUUAAAUAAUCAAGAUUAGGAAAAAAGUUAAACUCGUGUAUGAAGAUAUAAACAGCAUUCAAUUUUCUCUUAUUGCGCUUUUUUAAUUUUAUAAUUUAUUAUUCAAAUUUGAAUGAUUUUUUGUGUUUGGCUAUUCAUCUUUAUGAAUCUUAUGUAGAAAUCAUAGAAUCGUGUUGAAAUAUUUAUCAUUGUGUGAUUGAAAAACAUGGAUGUGAGAGUGAUGUGCUUUUGGGGUUAUCUUGACUAGCAUUAUAGAGCUCUCAACCAUUGGUCUUUCUAACAUCUAUGAAAAGCUAUUAACACAUUGCUGGCAUGUGUUUUAGCAAGCUUGUUACUAUGGCUGAAGUUAUGCUGACUUUUGACUUUUAUGUUUGAAUGCAUUUCUUUACACUUUCAUUGAAACUUAAGUCUUAAAAUCUGUCAUCACUUGUAACAGUUGAAAAAGUCUUCUGUUAGCAUAAUUUAAUCAUUUUUGCAGAUUCCCCAGUUAUUUCAUGGCCUCAUUGACACAUGUUCCAAUGAUUAUGUUUCAUCACCAGAUUAUAAAUCAUCAAAUCUUAAAAUCGGCCACCCACAAGAAUGAAAAAUGGGCAUGGCAAGUAAAUUGUGCCAAAGUUGUUCCUGCUUUAGAAUAUUUUUCUCUUUUCAAACUUUUUAGCAGCUUUAACAGUGAAAAGGUUUCUAUCAUUUCCUCACCUAAAAAUAAAUCUUUCUUAAUAUACAGAGUUGGUUUCCCCAUAUUCCAGUGAAUGAUUACCAUUUGCCACAGUUGCAUUAUGAAUGCUUUAAGUUAUUCAUAUUUUGAUUAUAUAUUAAUGAUAAUAACUGUGAGAAAAUUAAGCAGACAAGAUCAAUUUCAGACAUGGACUUUGAUGACAGUUUCAAGCCUUCACAUGUGUAACUACUAGCAUACAUCUAUAGUGACAUUGUUGCACUAAAACAUCAUGACAAGAUGCAAAUCCCAUCUGCUGUUUUUGGUGCAUACGUCAACAUUAUCUGGUAGUGUGUCCCAGAAUAGAAUUUAUAGCUUUAAAAUUAAUUGUAAAACUGUACCAUUACAAUGCCUUUAGUUAGGCACUCCAUAUUUUUAUGAACACUUAAAAGAUGAUUUUUUUUUUUUUAAACUGAAGCCUAUGAACAACAACAAAAGCGAAUUCUCAAGCUACACAACCUACUUCUUAAGAAAAACAAGAGCCAAACUUUCUGUUAGUGUAAAUACUUUCUGAAUCCUUUAUAAACCCAAAUCCUGCUUAUGCUUGAAUAAAAUUUCUUUAGAACCAUAUGAAGAAUAUUUCAUAUAGAUAUACCCAGUUCUGUCAUGAUUAAAACUUGCUAUGUGAGGGAAGGGGUAAAAUAUUUCACCCUCAAGUUUGACAGUUCAGUCUUAAUUUAGGUGUUGUGCUUUCAGUAAUGAGCAAUGUGUUAAAAACUAACCACUAAAUGUUCGGUUGUAAUAUUUUGCAGUCUGCUCUGAGCCUUAUGUUUCCACACGUCUUAUUAUAGUUUUCAACAAUUUCAUUACCUGUAAAAAAACACAGCUAUUGGAAAAAAAUGAAUAGAAAAGCCGCAUAAAAAAAAUUCUUCAUGAUCUAUAAACCACUUCCAAUUUUAUGGCUUUCUGCUAUUUAUAUUUUACCUGCUUUUGAAAAGAGUCUUAACCUUUUAUGUCACAACUUUUUGAUAAAUUUGUAAGAGAUAUGUAAAAAGUAUAUAUAAUUUUUUAGUUUUGUAUUUUAUAUUCAUGUUAAUUUUUACAAAGCAGUCAUUUACACUUUGUUUAUUAUUCUACAUUUCAAAUUGGAUUGCAAAGUGUUCCAGAUAUAUGUAUCUUGCAUAAUGCUUUUGUUGAUGUUUAUAUAUUUGUGCAGCUCAUUUUGCCAAAUGUAUAAAUGUGCAUUGUCUAGAUAAAAGUGUGAUUAUCGCUUUUAUGUGUAGAGUUUGCAGUCUUUUCCAGAAUUCAUUUCCCUGCACACAUUAAACCAUGUCCUAGUCAUCACUUAA